UGGGACAGCAGAGGUAGCAAGCUGAGGAAGUGGUCUUACACCGAUAUCAUGCCUGGAGACAACAGGUGGGAAAGUGCCUCAUGGGAAUUGGGUCUUAAAACAGAACCAUUUUACUUCACCUUGAAACUCGAAAAUGAAACCGGGGAGAAUUGUUCCGUGGCAGUGGACAACAUAACCAUGAGAGAUUGUUUCCCAGAUUACUUGCCAGCUUAUCAUUACUGCACAUUUGAUGAGAACUCUACAUGUGGCUGGCAUUCUGGUCCGUAUACAAAUCAGAGUAAGCUGACCUGGCUGAUGAAUAGAGGCCCCACCCCGUCUAAGAACACCGGACCGUGGGCCGAUCAUACGUCACAGACUGAUAAAGGUUAUUACAUGUACAUUGAGGCUGAUACAGAAGUUCCCAAAGGGAGAAAUCCACAUGCUCAGCUCGACAGUAGACUCUUUCUUCCUCCUCCACUGGACAGUCAAAACCAUUCUGGAGGGACAGUUGGGCCUUAUGGUUUGUGCCAGGUGACGUUUGCCUAUCACAAGUACGGGUUUGAUGCAUAUAAACUGUCUCUGUCUGCUGUAUUCCCCUGCUCUGACAAACAGCCUAAGGUCUUGUGGGUUGACAACAUGUACAUGUGGAAGAACAACGUGUGGAAAAUGCAGAGGGUCAAUUUAACGGAAAUCAAUGAACCUUUCAGACUGCGCUUCACUGCAGUCAAGAGCUUGAAUGAUGGCCACCUGGCAGACUUCGCACUGGAUGACAUAGCCUUGUCUCCCGCUUGCUUCGGCAGAGUUAUCUCUGCCACCAGAAGGUAUUAUGCAGAUUAUCACCAGUUUCUGACCAAUCAGGACUUGGCGGGCAAUUUGAAGGAGCAGUGUCGUCUGCUGAAUGACAUGCUGAAUCACACGUAUAAGUUCAACAACUGCGGUGCCCAAGGUUUUCGAGGCCCUACAGAAUCCAUGUGCAAUAUGUUAUACACCUACAGCCUUAACAAAGUCAAGGUCACCAAUGGGAUCCAGACAUGGACUGUCUCUCAGGCUGGCCAGUAUAGUAUUACAGCCCUGGGCGCCUCUGGCGGCUCUGGUGCGAAGAGUGUGGGAGAAUCCAACGGGGCAUACGUCCACGGCAAGUUCAACCUAUCCAAAGGACAGAAAAUCCAUAUCUUAGUGGGUCAGAAAGGCUGGAAUAGCUGCUCUCAGAUUGGAUUUGGUGAUGUCAAUGAGAUCUGUAAAGGAGAAGAAUCCUCUGAGAAUGCCACGUACCUUGCUAUAUCAGGAGGCGGGGGAGGCGGAGGGGGUGCUACUUACGUGUUUCUGGGUGAGCUGGGCACUGAUGACCUGACGCCGCUGCUGAUUGCUGGGGGAGGGGGAGGAUUGGGCUACAACAUGACCAAACCUGACAGCAUGGUGAUGGGAGGCUGGGACCCAGACCAUGGCAGCGGCGAGAGUGGCUACUCCUACCCUAGUGGUGCAGGUGGAGGUGGAGGUUGGUAUGGACAUGCGGAUGGACUGUUACCCCAAGCUGGCAAGGGUGUCCUGUACAGCGCUCACCCAGGACAAGGAGGCGUGGCCUGUCCAGCGGCCAAACAACAGGGCUGGUACUCUAGCGGAGGGUUUGGCGGAGGCGGGGGAGGCUGCUUCACCGGGGGAGGAGGGGGAGGAUACACAGGUGGAAAUUCAUCCCAUGAGAACAAUGUGUUAGGGUUUAUCAAUGGCAGAGGUGGCACUUCUUACAUUGACCCUAAGGCUGUGGAUGCUGCAAUGGAACGAGGUAUUUAA